AUGGCCAACUUCGAGCCUUACGGCAACCAGCAACAUGUGGAAGAAGCCGAAGGUCGGAUAUUCGCGAGUUACAACCGUGUUAUGAAUGUUCCUGAUCUUGCAGGUGUAGAAGGUCGAGAAGAUUCUGCGAGCAAUUCAGUCCAAUUCCCAGAAGGAGAUAGAGACUACUACGCGAAUGAUGUUGGGCACCGGGUCACUGGCACAGGUCGGCAGUCAUCGUCUCGAUCUGUUAUUGAAGCGGCGGACAGGUUACGCGGAGAAUACGCUCGCCUUCAGCAAACUAUCAAUGAGAGCCAUGAUGCACAAUCGAUAUGCUCGGUGCUCUCGGCAAUUACUCCCUUUGUCGUUUUGUUCGCUGUAAAAGUGUUAAUCGAUAACUUCUCGUCAAUCUUUCGAAUAGCCGUCACUUCCGGAGGUUUUCUUGCCGUGGAUAUGAGAGUCCAGCAGUUAUUUUCAGCAGCAACAAGUACCCGUUUCACUGCUGUCAUCAUAUUCUUGGUGCUAUUCUAUUUUACUUCUGGUCUUUGCUUUCGCGGAAACGAUUUUGAUAUGAAAAACGCCCUCCUUCUCAAAUACGCGGGUUCUGUCUACCAUGGAUUCUUUUUCACUGUGUACAUGCUCAUUCUUACCGACACAUUUAUCAAGAUGAUUGUUUCAGGUGUUAAAUUGCUGGUUUCAUUGCUUAGUAUUAAGAUGGUUAUGAAAAGGAAAAUCAAUCAGUUUUUGGAAUACACGUCACAGACGUAUCGAUGCGUCGUUCCAGUUCCUCAGUGGAUGCAUUAUUUCAUUGGGACGGACGUUUCCGACUUGACGUUGUACUCUAACGGCGUGCUGUUCACUGUAUACGGCAUUAUCAAGGCACGUGAAUUAUGGGGUCUUGCUCAAACAACGUUCGAAUGCGCUUCACGGAUAGUAUAUUUGAGCUGUUCCCAUAUCUUCUGCAUGCCAUGUAUCGACAGGUGGCUGGAGUACGAAAAUACUUGCCCUAUUUGUCGCGCAACUGUGGAGAAGAAAGACAAUUCAUGGAAGAGUGGAGCUACAAGCAAAGGAAUUCGCCUUUGUUGA